UGCACUUUUACUAAGUCUUUUCAUAUAGUGUCUGGUAAUUGAUAUGAAUUUCAACGUAGACCUCACGAUGGAGUACGUUUGGGCAAUUGUAUCGUGGACGAAUAUUCCGGCUCUCUUCAGCGUAUGGAUUUUAUACUAUGCGACCAUCGCAAUAUACAAUAUAUCGCCGCUACAUCCUCUUUACAGAUUUCCGGGCCCGAAGACUGCGGCGAUGAGUUAUCUGUACGAGGCCUACUUCGACUGGUGGCUGGUCGGGAGGUAUGGUUGGAGAAUACGGCAAAUGCACGAGAAAUAUGGGCCAAUUGUGAGGAUAAACCCCGAUGAGCUUCACUGCAACGACCCGUACUUCACGGACGAGAUCUACGCCGGCGGGAACCGCAUUCGGGAUAAAUGGCAGCACCAAAUCAAUACCGGCGCAUCAAGCCCUGUGUCGGUAACGGGUUUCUCGACUGUCGCGCACGAGUUGCAUCGAAUCCGAAGGGCUCCAUUUGCUAAGUUUUUCUCGCGGCAGCAAGUCUUGAAGCUCGAAGGAGAAGUGAAUGAUUUUACACAGCGCACGAUUGAAAAGAUGUUGCGUUUCGCGAAUAAGGGACCGUUCGAUGUUAAGGAAGCAUAUAACUGCUUCACGGCAGAUAUUAUAUCUCAGUACGCUUUUGGCGAGCCCAUUGGGUUCGUCGACCAGGAAGGUUGGGAACCUAAUUUCGCGACAUGGGUCAGCUAUUUCUUCAAAAGCGCGUACUUGAUGAGAUACAAUACUCCCGUUAGAAUAAUUGCGGGGUUCUCCCCCCUAAUAGGUAAUUUUAUGGGCGAGAACGUGAAGAAAAUGUUGCAAUGGAUGAAUGCGAUUAUUCCCAAGUAUGUAACGGCAGCCAUUGAUAACCCGGAAAAUAGUAGGGUGUUUGCGGAUGUGAUGGAAUCGGACAUGUUGCCGGAGCACGAAAAGAGCAUGUAUCGACUUUCAGGGGAAGGAUUCAAUCUCAUAGCUUCUGGAACAGAAACCACAGCAGCAACGCUCACAUAUAUCACGUACUACCUCCUCGCACAGCCAGAAAUAUACGUUCGCUUAAUGGAAGAUUUACAAGGAGUCGACCCUUUUAGCCUAAAGUGGACGGACUUGGAGCAACGCUCGUACCUAUGGGCUAUAGUCCACGAAGCACUGCGUAUGACACCUGGUGUUUCGCACAGGUCAGCUCGGAUAGCGCGGACAGAAGAUUUACUUUACAGGAGUAAAGACGGCAACGUUCAGUGGGUUAUUCCGAGGGGGACCCCUAUCGGAAUGACUUCGGUCAUCAACCAUAGCAACGAGGAGAUAUUUCCGAAUCCUGAUGAGUUUAUCCCUGAGCGCUGGAUUCUGGGUGGGCAGCCGAAUUACGCCUUGGAGAGAAUGUUGAUUUCUUUUGGGAAAGGCACCCGAUUGUGUCUUGGAAUUCAUUUAGCUUACUGCGAGCUCUUCCUCAUGACUGCUACGUUGGCGUUUCGGGUCUUGCCUAGAGCUCGCUUAUACGAAACUACCAUUGAGGACAUUAAGUAUGACCAUGAUCUCGUAGUAUUGCAGACAGUUAGGGGCUCUGUUGCUGCACGCAUUGAAGUCAAUUAGAGAUAAUCUUCGGACAUUGAUAUUAGGUAGCUGGAUAGUUUAAUUUAGAAAGUUGAGAUCGUGUUUAUGGCUUAAUGAUACGGCUGGCAGGGUUAAUCUGAAGUCUUGCAUAUCGGAUUUGAACAAUGGCUAGGAUCUAA